CCGCGGUCUCGCGCAGCCGCAGCGUCGCCUCGGAUAGGAUCUGCCCAGGCGCCACCAGCCUCCAUCCAGUGCUGCGGCAGUGUGCCGUAGUGUUGCCAGUACGCCUGGUGCAGGUCGUGCUGUGGCACGUAGGCAUGGUGCCGGACUGCGUGACUCUCCUGAUUGACGCCUCCAUUCCUUCAG